AUGGGGUUUAAAUGGAGACUGGCUGAGGAUCUAUUCUUUUCAUGCUUUGUGUUUUUGCAGUAUCAAAUAGCAGCUGAUAUGAAAAGCUAUGAAAAGUACAAUGCAGUGUGUCCUGCCAUAGCUGUUUUUUAUCUAGUUUUGAAAGCCAUCAUUAUAUUGAUGAAAGAAUUUGAAAGGGAUGAUGAGAAACCGCUUACAGCGAUUGAUUUUCUAAGACUAGCCAUUAUGGUUUCCCAUAUAUUUAUAUUUUUUAUUGCAGUUAUCAUAAUCAAUCACAAAGUAAGCUUGAAAGACAUCAAAGAGUAUGGCCUGAAGACAUUAGGCGUCACACCUCUUAAAUGGGUUUUUAAUAAGAUGGGACUGGAUGAAAAUUAUGUGGACUUUAAAGCAUUGGAUAAGAUCAAGAAUGAGUUUAGAGUUGAUCCUGGGCUCAUGAUUGUCACACAGACAAUAUAUAUGUUCUUGACAGCACAGUCUAUAAUUGACUGCGAAAGCUCUGCCAUCUUUAUAGAGCUUGCUCGUGGAGUUUUUGGAUACAUUACAAUAUGCAGGCUGAAAGAAUUUAAAGGCUCAUAUGAUGAAAAAGGUUUUUUCAGUUGGGCAUCUCCCAUGUUUCCAACAAUAGCUUUAUUAUCCCUGAGACUUGUAUAUGUGGUUAUUUUUGAAUUAUUUAUUGGCACAAAUAGUUGGUUUGAAUCUAUUAUUAGGAAGAAGCAGACACUUUUGAUUAUCCCCGCUGUGCUCUGCACUAUAGUUGGAUGCACAGGUAUGCUUUGGAUGUUAAAGAUCCAGAUGCUUGGUGUGAAAGAAACGAAUGACAUUGAAAACAAGUGUGAAGGAACAGUUAAGCAGCUGGUGGGCGAUACAUUGAAAAAAGUAGCUGGUGAGGGCUUAUCAUACAAUAAUAAUGGAGGAAUACUCAGUAAAUUUUUUGGUAAAUAUUAUGAAAUAAAUCAAUAA